AUGGGGUUUAGUGUUCGCAAGGAAGAUGUUCGACGUGACCAUGAAAACAACCCGUGGCAACGUAAAUGGGUUUGCUCUAACCAAGGUUUUCGACGCGACAAGUGGACAAACCUUCUAAACCGUAAGAAAAAACCAAGACCUAUCACAAGAACGGGGUGUCUCGCACUUCUACACGUGAACUUGGAUAGGACAGAAAACACUUGGGUGGAGAAAGACUUCAAUCCGAAACAUAAUCAUGAAUUAGCUUCGAAAAGGGAAUUGCACUUCUUGCGAUCUAAUCGAGCCAUACCAGAGUCAAUCGGAGCCCAGGUAAUGUCUAUGCGACGAUCAGGUAUACGCACUUGCCACAUAUUCAACCACCUAGCACAAGAAAGAGGAGGACGUGAGUAUGUACCCUUCCUGAAAAAGGAUCUUUACAAUUGGAUUGGUCGGCAAAGACUAGUUCAAGAUGAAGAAGAAACUGACGCUGAAGGAGCAUUGGGGUACUUGGCAUGUAUGGGCCGCUCUGAUGCUGACUUUUUUGAGACACACACAAUUGAUGUAGAAAAUAGGUUGGCAGACCUAUUUUGGGCUGAUUGA